AUUUUGAAAGAAAGUUAUAAGGAAAAAUAGUGUCAAUUACAAGGAAAAACUACUUUUAUUUUUAAUUGUUAUUUAUAUAUUUAACGUAAUCUAAAAAAAGACUUAUUUGCAAUAAGAACUAAUUGCAAAUAGAACAUAACCUCAAAUGAUAAGUAACAUAUAUAUGUAUAUAUGUAGAUAGAUAAAAAAAGCUUAUCGUCAUCAUUAAUUAAUCGUGCUUAAAUAUAUAUAAUGCAGUCAUAAAAUUUUGCGAGUCAUUGAUUUCUUAAAAGUUGAUUUUGAUAUAAAGAACAACGAUUUUAUUUAACAGAAAAAUCAAUGAAAAUUUAUUUUGAGACAAGUUAAAAAAAAAAUGGCAAAUACUGGAUUUCUCGUUUUAACAAAUCCAGCGAGAGUAACAAAAUUAUUACCAGUUAUCAAAAAACAUGUUUUAAAAACACUUUAUAUACAAUAUUUUCCCGAGAGAAAUAUUUUUAUUUCCGACACUAAUUUAUUAUCAUCGUCAUCAUUAAAAUGGAAGGGUCCUCGUUACGCACAAACAGUGGCCAAUAUUUAUGAAUUUGCUUCCACAAUUUCAUCACGUUUAGAUGUUCGUGUUUUACUCUCAUGUUUAAAAAAUCCAAAUGUUUCAAUUAUACAUACAAAACGACCUGUGGAGCUUGUGAUUUUUGAUCAAGAACAUAAUAAAAAAGACGCAGAUUUAUUUAUUCAAGAUUAUCUUUCUAACACUUCUAUGGGUUGUAAUUUUAUUAUAAUUGACGAAAAUCAUCAAGACACAUCAUCAUCAGCUUCAUUAUCGGGAAAUAAUGACCAUAAUCCAGAAAUGGAAAAUGGUGUCGAGAAAUUUUAUAAAAAUGUUAUUCUUGGAGGAACAUUUGAUCGUUUACAUAAUGGUCACAAAAUUUUAUUGAGCGAAGCAAUUUUAUAUUGUAGUGAAAAUUUAACUGUUGGAGUGACGGAUGAAAAUAUGCUGAAAAGCAAAAUUCUUUGGGAAUUAAUUGAAUCAUGUGAGCAACGUGUGAAUGUGCUAAAAGAUUUUCUCGUUGAUGUCGAUCCUGGUUUAAAUUACAAUGUAGUACCGAUAUCUGACAUUUAUGGGCCAACUAAAGACGAUCCAAACUUAAAUUUGUUGGUAGUGAGCGAAGAAACUGUACGCGGUGGAGCUAAAGUAAAUGAACUUCGUCUAGAUAGAGGAUUACCUAAAUUGGAUGUUCAUGUUGUAAAAUUAAUGCCUGAUAAACAACACAAUGAAAACGAGGAGCCCAAAAUUAGUUCGAGUAACCAAAGAAUACGAUUAUUGGGCACAAGAAUUCGUCAACCUAAUUUAAAUGGCAAAACUUUGCGGCCUUAUAUAAUUGGUUUGACUGGAGGAAUUGCCAGUGGAAAGUCAUCAAUUGCAGAGAAAUUAGAAAAAUUGGGAGCAGGUCAUGUGAAUUGUGAUAAAAUUGCACACGAUCUUUAUGAACCGGGCAAGGAAUGUUAUAAUUUAGUAGUGAAAAAUUUUGGUCCCAGUAUUCUCAAUACAAAACAAUUAAUUGAUCGGAAAACUUUAGGAAAUAUAGUAUUUAACAAUAAGGAGCAAUUGAAUAAAUUAAAUAAUCUUGUGUGGCCUGCUAUUUUGAAAGAAGCAAAAAGUCAAAUAAACAAUCUUCAUGAGAAAGGAGUUGAUGUAAUUGUCUUGGAAGCUGCUGUUUUAAUACAAGCAAAUUGGCAAAAUUAUUGUCACGAAAUUUGGACAUGCAUAAUUCCCGAACAAGAGGCCGUAAAACGUGUUAUGGAACGAAAUUCAUUAAGUGAAGAGGAAGCAAAACAAAGAAUUACCGUUCAACCCAGUAAUGUUCAACAAAUAAAUGCAGCGAACGUAGUUGUUUCAACUUUAUGGAGUCACGAGGUAACACAAAAACAAGUUCAAAAAGCAUGGAAUGAAUUGAUGAUUUAUCUUAAAGAAAUACCUGACAGAUAAUGAAUAAUUUUAAAAAAUUGAUUUAACAAUUUUUUUUACCUUUAAAUUUUAAUCUGGCCUUGGAUUAUACAACUUUUUCUGACGUUUUUUUUGAAAAUACGACUUAUUUUAAUAAGAUGUGACUUUUUCGACUUUUUUUUACAUUUUUUACAAAAAUUUUAAACAAAGUACGUCUUUUUUAGUAUAAAAUGCAGAUCUUCUGAAGAUCUUAUUUAUUUCAAUUACUUAACAAAUUUUUAACUAAAAUUUUUCUCUAUAUUAAUUAUUUUUAAUAAUUUUAAUGAAAUUCUUCACAAAUUCAAUUAUAUUAAAUUAUUUUUCAAUUAAAAAUUUUAUGAAAUUUAACAAUUGUUUACAAUUAAAAAAAAAAAAUCUGAAAUCUGAAAAUUUUUGAAAAAUAAUUUUAAUUAUAACUCUUUCAAAAUUCAAUUAUUUUUUGAAGUUUUAAUAUUUCAUUAAAAAUUCAAUUAUUUAAAAAAGUUUCAAAUAAAAACCUUAAAAUUGAAUUAUUGUCUGAAAUUUAAAAAAAAUUGCUUUAAUCGGACUUUAAAAAAUAAAAAAAUGGAACUAAGAAUUUUUUAAAAAAAUUUAUCCUAUUAAAUUAAAAUUAGUUCGAUUCUGAAAUAUUCGAAAUAAAUUGUCUUGAUAAUAUUAUUAUAGAAUUAUUUUUAUUAAGGAAUAAAAAUUAAUUUAAUAUCUAAUAACAUUUUUUAUUUAAAGUAAAAUACUUAUUAACUAAUUAAAUUUAAUUGAAAUAAAAAAAAUCGACUUUUUCGACUAUUUUUACUCCUUAAAGUUGAUCCGAGGCCUGUUUGAAUUUUAUUUUAUUUUUUAAAACGAGAAUAUUAGAUUUUUUAAAUUCUUGAAAAUUUGAAUAAACGAUAUUAGUUUUUAGACAUUUUGACAAACAGAAACGUUAGCUGUUUUUUUUUAAACGUGACAAAUGUAUAAACAUAUUUUUUUUUUAAUUAUGAACUGUGAAAGUAUGUAAGAAAUGUAAAUUGGAAUUUUAUACAAUUUAGAAAAAGAAAAUGUAAUAGAAUAGUUAUUUUUUUCUUCCAAUUGUGUACAAUAAUGUUAGAUAUAAUUGUAAAUAAACAUCUCGUUAUUUAAAUUAAAAUUUAAACAA